UGUGUGACGGCAGUCGACUGUGCAUGCACUCAGUGAGUAAAGCACGGAUGAGUUUUGUUUUGGUUUGUUAAAUAAUUGUGUAUUUCGUUUGGAAGUUGUGCUGAAAAACACAGGUGUGAAGAUGCCGUUCUCUCCUGAGAAAAAAGCCAUAUUGCCAAGUUUACCGAAGACGGAACGUGCCACUUCUCUGGUCCUUGGAGGAGAUCCCAAAGGGAAGAACUUCCUCUACGCCCAUGACAACAAUAUUUUUAUCAGAGAUAUUGAGAAUCCAGGAAUAUGUGACAUUUAUAGUGAGCAUUCAGCGCAGACAUCUGUAGCUAAAUAUGCACCAAGUGGUUUCUACAUAGCAUCAGGAGAUGUGUCGGGUAAGAUUAGAAUUUGGGACACCACCCAGAAGGAGCACAUAUUGAAGUAUGAGUACCAGCCACUUGCAGGGAAAAUCAAUGACAUCGCCUGGUCCCCUGACAGUAAGAGGAUUGCCGUUUGUGGAAAAGGACGAGAAAACUUUGGUGCUGUGUUUCUGUGGGACUCUGGAAGCUCCGUUGGUCAAAUUGACGGCCACGGCAAGGACAUCAACUCCAUCGACUACAAGCCAACGCGCCCUUACCGCAUUGUUACUGGCGCGGAAGACAUGUACGCAACCUUCUACGAGGGACCACCAUUCAAAUAUAAAUAUCAGUAUAGGGAGCACUCCAACUUUGUAAACACAGUUAGAUUUUCUCCUGAUGGGAAUUUCUUUGUAACCGGUGGAUCGGACGGAAAGUUGUUCCUGUACUCUGGGAAGGAGGGUGAACUGGUGUGUGAGAUUGUGGAUGGUGCAAAAGCUCAUAGUGGAGGCAUUUAUGGGGUAUGUUGGAGUCCAGAUAGCACUCGCAUAUUGUCUGCAUCCGCUGAUAAAUCUGCAAAGUUAUGGGACGCAGACACCAAACAGCUUGUUACGAAGUUUGAGUUGGGUAGCAGUAUUGAGGAUCAGCAGCUAUCAUGCCUGUGGCAAGGAGAGCACAUGCUGACCGUAUCCCUCUCUGGUUACAUCAACUACCUCGACAAGAAUAAUCCCUCCACACCAGCAAGGGUUAUCAAGGGGCAUAACAAGAACAUCACCGCCAUGACGCUAUCACAAAGUUCUAAGACGGUCUACUCUGCUGGGUUGGAUAACAAACUACUGAAUUGGGACGUGGAAACGGGUGACUGUGUUGAAACUAAAGGAAAGGGCCAUACCAACAUGGUGAAUGGGAUGAGCAUGACGGGCAGCACCAUCACAUCCAUUGGAGUCGACGAUCAAAUCAGGUUCCAGGAUGCAGAGAAGAAAGAAUUCAUGGCCGAGACCAUUGGAUUAGACGCUCAGCCUCUCUCUGUAGACACGGUCGGAGAUAAGAUGGCCAUUGGCACAGACGGAGAAGUCAGCCUGUACAGUGGGAAUACCAAGGUGUUUUCUGAGAAGGUUGGAUACCGAGUAAACUCUCUAUGUUUCAAUCCGUCCGGGAGUCAGCUAGCCAUUGGUGGAGGG